AUGGCAUCUCGAGCGGACUGCAAAGGCAUGGGUGGCUGUUUGACCCUCCUUCAGAGAUGGAUCUACGAGUACUUCCCGUGUUUACGAGAUCAGAAGUUGGGGACACGUGGAUUGGUGUGCGGGGAACCUUUGCUAAGAAGUGAGAGGUGGCGAGAUUUGGAGGUGGGGCACAGUUGA